AUGCCGGGAAGCUUCUUCCUCAAGAAGGGCGCUGCAGCCACAAGCCAAGAUGCAGCUCCAAGACGCCACAUGAAAAAGAGAGGCAAUAGGCGCGACAAGGCCGAGUUCACGGGCCCGAAUGCCGAGCCGGUACGAGAGAGAAAGCGGCCAGCUGAAGCAGCACUUAUCACUCCUGAGCCAGUCAUCGAGCAGAAGCGCAUCAAGAAACAACGGAUCGCACACUUCAAAGAUGAAGCCGCAAGUGAGGCCCCUGUUCCGCUGAAGCCUCACAAAAAGGUCUACGAUCGAUUCCGGGAGCUCGAUGAACAGGCAGAAAGAGAAAUCGAGGAAGAGCGACGUGAGUAUGAUGGCUACAAACCUCGUAAGCGUGAAUAUGAGCAAGCAAUGGAUGAGUAUGAGCGAAUUCAAGCCGAUCGUGCCGAGGAGAGGCUGCAAAAACAACAGGAAAGAGCCCAGAGACGCGAGGCUUUGGAAAAGUACAAUACGUCGAAACGAAAAAUGAACAAAGCGUUGAAGAUGAAAAACAAGAAGGGCCAGCCGAAUUUGAACGCGCAGGUUUCGGUGUUGUUAGAAAGGAUACAGAAGAAGAUGAAAGAG